CGCCCCGGCCCGACUUCAUUGGCCUGCGGCGCCGCCACUCGGAGAGACGUGCCUCAACCCGGAAGUGUGAGAGGCAAAAUCUGCCUAGCAACCGGGGAAGCCGGGCUGUGAAGCGGGCAAUUUCAGUGUGAGAAGGAGCGGCGAGACCGAGCGGCGGCUCCGAGCGCGCCGAGGCAGCUCCUUCCGCCCGGGGUCAGCGCCCCGGCGCGCGCACGCGCACCCUCGCUGCCUGAGCGCGCCCCGCGCCGCCCGCGCAGUCGGUCCGUCGGUCGUCCGUCGUCCUGUCGCCACCGCCGCCUCAGGCGCCACCCGAGGGAGCCGUCGCCGUGGGACGCGACCAGACCGGACCCGAGCGCUCUGCCUGGGGUUGGCCCGGGGCCCAGCUGCCGAUCGCGCGGAGCCAAGCAACUUCGGUUGGCCAACACAUUGAGCCAGCACAUCCACAUAAGUUGCCUUUUGACAGAGCUGUGGCCAUGGUGGCAUGGUAGGAUCCGAGUCCCGGACCCUGAGGCCAGAAUGAGUGAAGAAGCAUGCCGAACCCGCAGUCAGAAGCGAGCCCUUGAACCUGACCUAACAGAGGAUGAUGUGGAGAACAAGAAAAUGAAAAUGGAGAGAGGACCAUCAGAGCUGACAGUGGACGGAGACAGCAGGGUGGUGCCAGAGCCGAGUGCAGUCUCAGCCCAGGGGUUGCUGAGGACAACAGAGGCCAUGGGCACAGGAUCUGGCGAGGGGCUGUUAGGAGACGGACCUGUGGACAUGCGCACCUCACACAGUGACAUGAAGUCUGAGAAGAGACCUCCCUCGCCUGACGUGAUUGUGCUCUCUGACAGUGAGCAGCCAUCAAGCCCGAGGGUGAAUGGCCUGACCACAGUGGCCUUGAAAGACACCAGCACCGAGGCGCUCUUGAAGAGCAGCCCAGAGGAGCGAGAGCGGAUGAUCAAGCAGCUGAAGGAGGAGUUGAGGCUAGAGGAAGCAAAAUUGGUCUUGUUGAAGAAGCUACGGCAGAGUCAGGUGCAGAAGGAAGCCACUGCACAGAAGCCUACAGCUUCCUCAGGGAGCACUGUGACCACCCCUCCCCCACUCGUGCGGGGUACCCAGAACAUUCCUGCUGGCAAGACAUCACUUCAGACCUCCACUCGAAUACCCGGCAGCAUCAUCCCGCCACCACUGGUCCGCGGUGGGCAGCAGGUGUCUGCCAAACUGGGACCACAGGCCAGCUCUCAAGUAGUCAUGCCACCACUCGUCAGGGGGGCCCAGCAGAUUCACAACAUCAGACAGCAUUCCUCUACGGGGCCACCACCCCUCCUCCUGGCCCCCCGUGCCUCAGUGCCCAGCAUGCAGAUUCAGGGACAAAGGAUCAUCCAGCAGGGACUUAUCCGUGUUGCCAAUGUCCCCAAUACCAGUCUGCUUGUCAACAUCCCUCAGCCUACCGCAGCCUCCCUGAAGGGGACAACAGUUGCCUCUGCUCAGGCAAACUCCACUCCCACCAGUGUGGCUUCUGUGGUUGCAUCUGCUGAGUCUCCAGCUAGUCGUCAGGCUGCUGCCAAGCUAGCACUGCGCAAGCAGCUGGAGAAGACCCUGCUGGAGAUUCCCCCACCCAAACCCCCUGCUCCAGAGAUGAACUUCCUGCCCAGUGCUGCCAACAAUGAGUUCAUCUACCUGGUGGGCCUGGAGGAAGUGGUGCAGAACCUGCUGGAGACUCAAGCGGGCAGGAUUUCUGCCACUGCAGCUGCUGCUGUGUUAUCCCGGGAGCCCUACAUGUGUGUGCAGUGUAAGACAGACUUCACAUGCCGCUGGCGAGAGAAGGGUGGAGCCGUCAUGUGUGAGAACUGCAUGACAUCCAACCAAAAGAAGGCACUCAAGGUGGAGCACACCAGUCGCCUGAAGGCCGCCUUCGUGAAGGCGCUACAACAAGAGCAGGAGAUGGAGCAGCGACUGCUACAGCAGGGCAUGGGUACCGCCAGCAUCAAGGCCGAGCCUGCAGCUCCACAUCCCACACUGAAGCAGGUCAUAAAGCCCCGACGUAAGUUGGCGUUCCGCUCAGGAGAGGCCCGUGACUGGAAUAACGGGUCCCCACUACAGGCUUCCAGCCAGCUGUCCCGGGGCUCGGCCACAGCACCUCGCGGGGUUCUGCACACUUUCAGCCAGUCACCCAAACUGCAGAAUGCAGCCUCAGCUACGGCCCUGGUAAGCAGGACUGGCCGACAUUCCGAGAGAGUCGUGGGCACUGGCAAGGGCACCGCCUCCAACUGGAAAAAGACGCCUCUGAGCACAGGUGGGACUCUUGCCUUCGUCAGCCCAAGCUUGGCAGUACACAAGACCUCCUCGGCUGUGGACCGACAGCGAGAAUACCUCCUGGACAUGAUUCCUCCACGCUCCAUCCCCCAAUCAGCCACAUGGAAAUAGUAGGAGCCGGCCCAGCCGAGGACAGGCCCUCUUCUCUCCCGAGGCCCUUGGUCUAGGACAUGCAGACUGCCCUCCUAGCAAGUUGCCUGAAACAGCGCAGGCCUUGGCUGGUGCCUUGCUGUGGCCAGGAGUGUGUGCCACCAUGGUGCCUGGGAUCAGAACCAGGGAUCUUCCCCAUGGGCCUUCUCUUUCCUUUUUGCCUUUAGUUUGCCCGACACCAGCAGAAACUCGGACCUUGGGGCCUGCUCUGCCUGGCCUGCGUAGGUGGGAGCUCACCCUGGACACUGUGACACACCCGGGCCAGGCUGGCACCGGGGGCUCCCAAAGUUGAGCCGGGAUUUCAUUUUCUUUUGGCUUUUCCCAUCUUAGCUCCCCAGUCUCUGCCUCUUCAUGGCCAUCUAUAGGUUGAAGUUUGGGUUUUAUUGGGGUUUUUUGUUUUUGUUUUUGUUUUUUUUUAUAAUCACCUCAUGAUGAUGGAAUUAAAAGUGAACUGCAUAGACCCGGGGUCACUGUUGCACACAGUGCAGUCUGGCAGGCUGUAACCCCAGAGGAUGCUCAGAGUGGCAGCACCAGAGAUGGCAGGGGCCACCCUGGCUCUAGUUGGCUGUUGCUGCUCACUGCAGUCCCUGGCUUCCACACUUAGCAGAAUGAAUCGCAGACCAGAUUCUGACAUCAGAGGGACGCUGGGUCCACUGUGCUGGAGCCACAGCUGGCUGCUGGGUUACUUUUUGUGGUUUAUUUUAUUAAAACUCUAUCCUUUUUCUCUUUUGAUGGACACAAUCUCAAGAUGCCCAUGCCUGCCCAGAGGCAUCCAGGUAGGGCCCAGCCAGAACCCCUAGGUCUGGAGUCAGCAGGGCUCACUCCCUCAGUCCACAGGGACGACUGUCUGAAAGGGCCGAGUCUACUUUUGUUCUGUUUUGUUUCCUUAUUCCCCCACCCUUUUAACAAUUGGUUCCAUGGUGAAAGGCAGAAGCAGCUGUGUGUCCAGCACGCACGGGGCGGCCUUCUGCUCAUGUGAUUGGUCGCUGUCGUUUCCCCAUCCAUCCCUGGUUUCCCUUGACACAAUACAGUUAGGGACUUUAAUUUAAACCCUUGUUCUGCAGACCACAGCCCUCUGCAGACACGCCCCUGCCUCCUCCUAAUAAAGGCUCAUUUAACUCCGUGUUCA